GCCACGUUUUUCUCCGUCAGGGACGAACAGAAAGCUUUGGCUGUUAGGCUGACUGACUGAGAGAUGCUUCUUCUGCUGCUGCGUGUUGUUCUCCAGGCUUUGUCCUUGUCUCAAGGGCUCAAUGUUACAGAUGAGCGACCUUCCAAGAGUGUGAAAAAGCAUGCUGAUCAUUCAGACAAACAGAUUGAGCUCUCCACACUAAGUUUGUCUGAAGGCUGCUUUGGUGUGCCUAGGGCUCUUUACAAGAACACUACAGUCGAUGUGACCCUCAACCUUUUGGAUGCUGAGGAAAAGAAAGAGCUUGCUCUCCAAAUCUGUGAACGUUUAAGUUGUGGCCGUGUUUUCGAGCACGGCGCGACUGCAACAGUGCACAAUGGCACUUGUCUUGCAGACUGCAUCCUGAGAGACUCAAAACUGCACGACUGCACUACAGCCGCAAAAGUCGAUUGCAUGAAUGCAACUGAAGUAAUUUGCGAGCACCGUGCUGUCCGAUUGUUUGGAGGACGUGAUCACUGUUCUGGUCGGGUGGAGCUGCUGCAUUCUGGGAAUUGGGGAACAGUGUGUGAUGAUGAUUUUGACAUCAAUAGUGGACAUGUAGUUUGUACCCAGCUGAGAUGUGGAAGUGCGAUAAGAUUGGACUUUUUUGGGCCUGGAACAGGUCCCAUCCACAUCAGCCAAAUGAAAUGCAAUGGCUCUGAGAGCAGCUUAUGGGAGUGCAGCUCAAUCAACACCACUGCCAGCAACUAUUGUGGACAUAAGGAAGAUGCUGGCGUUGUGUGUUCAGAAAGUGUUGAGGUCAUACCCACAAGCGGCACAACCAUGAACUUGACAACUCUGGUGACGGUGUCAACUGCAAUGGCAUCUGCACAAAGCAGCAGUGGUGUUUCAGCAGCAGCGAUUGGCUGCGUCAUCUUAUCUAUUGCUCUGCUUAUGGUUAUUGUUUUAAACGCUGCUGCCUAUGCGCAUUUCAAAAGAGCAAAGGAAUGUGUGAUUCACCAACAACACAGUAAUUCUCACACAAGCCUGGAGAACCAGUUCAAUGCACAGAUAGGAAUCUACAACACACAAUCUGUCCACACUGCUGGGGGUUAUCAGUAUGAAAAUCUUGGCCUGAGAAUGAGCUCAAACUGCAGAUUUAGCAAGAGAACAAAUCGACCCACUCACAACUCUGACAGCUCCACUGAUUCAGACUAUGAACAUCACAACAGCAGUCGACUGCAAAGAUUGCAUCUAAACUCAUCAAUGGUGGAUGUGAAUGAUUCAAGCAGUACAUCUUCUGGCGAGUGCUAUCAAAACACAGAGAUUGACACGGACAACAAUUUCAUGUCACGUGAGGAAAGACCAUCAUUGCAUGAAAAGUCACCAUUUGCACCCCUGUCUUACGGUGACCAUCACUUAUCAAACCCUGACAGUCGAGCGGUGGAUGUGAAUGAUUCAGACAGUACAUCUUCUGGUGAGUGCUAUCAAAACACAGAGAUCGACAUGGACAACAGUAUCCAGUAUGAAGACGAGGAAAGCCCAUCACUUCCUGAGAAGUCACUACAGACACCCCACAGCACUCAGAUGACAGGAAACACUGCUGGUUACAGCGGCUCUCGUGUACCUGUCACCCACAGUCAAGAUGGGAAUGAUUCAGACAGUACUUCAUCAGAAGAGUGUUAUCAGAACACAGAGAUUGAUGAAAACGCCUUUCACCAUUAUGGUGAGGAAAGCCCAUCACUUCAUGAGAUGUCUUUUCAGAAUCCCCACAUUGCACAGAUGACAGAAAGUACUGAUGGUUACGGGGACCAUAGAAACAGUACCAGUCAAGAAACCGAUAACAGCAGCACAGCAUCAGAGGCAUCGUAUGUUAAUGUACCACCUAAAAAAGAGAGGGAUGACCAUUCUGCUGCAUCUUCAGAGAGCGACUAUGAUGAAGCUGGAACCUGGUGAAAUCAACAUGACAACUGCAAGAGAUUUUUCCGAGCAGGACAGACGAUUCACAACAUCACGUCCCUGAAAACCAUUGAAUGUAACACAGACGGGCCCUUGCAAUACCUGAGUGUUUCUUAAGGAAUAUUCGGGAAGAACAGAAAAAAAAACUACAUGGUCUAUUUUAUGAUAA